CUUUAUUGAUGGAUCAUGUCCAUUCACUUGUAUCAUUACAGAUUUCUUUGGUUGAUUAUAAAUGCUGCAGCCAUGGAUACUCCGUUCGAAGCUGUAUCUAAGGGAUACUCGGAAUUCAGCCGAGAAUUCUACAAGGUGGUGUCUGAAGCCGAGCCUGGCAACAUUGUUUCGUCGCCCAUGAGCUGUCUGAUUGCCCUGGCCAUGACUCACGCUGGCGCAAAGGGAGAUUCCAUCCAGGAAAUAGCCAGGGCACUGCACCUCCCUGAGAACAUGACGCACGCUUUGAAGGGGCUGUCUGAAGUGGUGACACAGCUCAGGAGAGCGAAAAAAGUGGAGCUGUCACUUGCAAACAAGAUCUACGUCACGAAGGACUUCCCCAUUUUGGAAGAGUACUCAAUGGCUCUCGAGAAGUACUUCCAGGUAGAAGCGGAAAACGUCGUGUUCACCGAUCCCUCAACUGCAGACAAGAUGAAUGAAUGGGUCUCUGAGCAGACCAAGAAUAAGAUCAAAAACCUCGUUGAUUCCAAUUUGUUUGAUGACCAGACUCGCGUGGUUCUGGUCAACGCCAUCUACUUCAAGGGCUCGUGGCUGAAGCCUUUCGAAACACAUAAAACUAGAUAUAAUCGGCCCUUCUUCACUGACGUAAAUACCAGCGUCCCAGUUCCGAUGAUGUUUCAACAGACAGAAUUUAACUACAGGAAACUGGAUGAACUGGAUGCCCAACUACUGAUCUUGCCCUAUCAGGGUAAUGAUAUGAGCAUGGCAAUCAUUUUACCAAAUAAGAAGGAUGGCCUGAAAGUGUUGGAGGAAAAAUUGGCCACAGCAGCAGACCUCGGCGAAAUCCUGCAAUCUGGUUCCCCCCUAAAAGUGGAGGUUCACCUGCCUAAGUUUAAGAUCGAGACGUCUUUGGAUCUAGUUGAUCAUUUGUCAAAGAUGGGCCUCAGCCACAUUUUCUCUGACAACGUGAACCUGUCCGGAAUCAGCACUACCGAGGAUCUGAAGGUUUCUAAUGUUGUGCAGAAGGCAUUUAUUGAGGUCAGUGAGGAGGGCACUGAAGCUGCUGCUGCCACAGCUAUGCGCAUCGUGCCCAUGUGUCGCCCCUGCUAUAGGACGGAUUUGCCAACCGUGAAAUGUGACCAUCCGUUCGUCUUCUACCUCAAUUUCAAAAGCACCAAUGUUUUCGGAGGCAGAGUCACAAACCCUGCCAACAAUUUUGGCUUGUGACUUGUGCGAUUAAAAAUGCGAUGAGCUGUUCUGUUGGCCUUGCAAGAAUGUUUCAGAUCGUCCUUAAUCUCCAAGAAAUAUCUGAUAUCUAUAGCUAUUUUUGUUUGAUGUUUGCAAGUCAAUAAAAAACUUAUACUUUUAAUUGCCAUAAUUAUCUUCGAUAUAUUUUGUAAACAAUUCUUCCAAU